AUGUUUUCUUUUUAUUUAAGUCUGAGACUUGAAGGUUUUCCAACGAUGGAGAGGUACACAAUUGAGCAGCGUGUUAAGACUGUUGAAGCCUUUUACGAAAAUGAGCGUUCAAAUCAAAAUGCACUUCGUGCACUUCGAGAUUUUUUGGUCAGCUUAAUCGACCAAAUAGUCAUUGCAAAUAUGUACCAUCGGAUAGAAGUAUGCCACCGACGCCGUGGCGAGCAUUUGGCCGAUAUUUUGUUUCACACAUAA